GGCGACCAUUUGGCCAGAGCUGUCGGCCGUAUUUGUGGAGCAAAUGGUCGCAUCCGGAUGUGCAUUGAAAACGCCACCCGUACACGAAUUGUAGUGGCCGAUCAGACAAUUCAUCUACUUGGCAGUAACGAACGGAUAGCGGUGGCCCGUCGAGCGAUAUGCGAUUUGAUUAUGGGUGCUCCACCAAACAAAAUAUUCGGCAAAAUCAGAACGCAUACAGCCCGACUUGACGCUGCUUUUUGA